GCGCCUCCUGCAAAUCCAACCCAGCGCACACCGCGCGACACUUAGAGCGGCCGUCUAACGGCCAACGUGCGGGCCGUUAGACGUCAGUCAGGCUGAUGCUCUGUGACGAAAGAAGGUGCCAGAAAGAGAACGCCGGCCCAGAACUUCGUCGACAGCGCCGAGAGAAUGGCCGCUCCCCAGGAGCGCAGCGACGAAGACAUGGGCUCCCGCAGCCUGGGAGUGGAGGGGCUGCAGGAAGAAGUAGACGAUGCGACGCCGACCGUGAUCGCGGCGGUCGGCGCCGCCGGAGGAGACGCUAAGGAGAAAACCGAGGCCAAAGCGGAGCAGGCAGCGGCCGGUGGAGAAGAAGAAGGGACCGUGGGCGCGGGAGCCCCUGGCCCGGUGGACGGCGGCGACGACGACGCGAACCUGCAGAGCGGCGAGGGCGACCGGGAGCCUGGGCGGCAGCCGCGGGAGGAGCCGGCUCAGGAGGACGCCGAGGGGCGGCAGCCCGACGACGCGCAGUAUCGAGUCUGCCGCAGCACGUUCAGCCGCUUGCAGCUGCAGGAACUGGAGAGCGUCUUCCAGCGCACCCAGUACCCCGACGUUUUCGCACGAAAGAAUCUUGCAAUAAACCUGAAUGUGACCGAGGCCAGAGUGCAGGUUUGGUUUAAGAAUAGGAGAGUCAAGUGGAGGAGACAUCAGAGGGCAUCAAUGUUAAGAAAUGUGCCCCCCGUCACUCUGGGCAUAAUCUUGAAUAGGCCCCAUAAUGCCAUCUUUGCUCAGGAGCCCGAUUGGAGAUGGGUUCUUCUGGAGCCACCGUCACUGUCACCCAAGCUGUCUAUGCCACCCAUGCCUCCACCGCCCAUGCCACCACCACCCAUGCCUCCACCACCCAUGCCUCCACCACCCAUGCCUCCUCCACCUUCACAUUCCUUUGGCAUGGCCUCGGUUGGCCUGGAGUGGGCCCCUGUCAUUAGUGGCCAUUUUGUAGUCCCCUUUUUGUAAGGAAUGGCCUUCGUAAGAGUUUAUCUGAAAUGUUUUUCUGCCAGAUUCAAACUGUGCAUAGCAUGUCAAGAGCAGUUCACCAAAUGCCUCUUAGUGCCCUGUUUUUCCUGAUAGGGCUUGUUUUUGUGAUUUUCAAUAAACUUGAAUUCUCAGUA